AUGGCCGCCUCCCAGCCGUCAGACGUGAGCGUGAAAAACACAGAUGAAGAAAUGAUCUCUGCAGAGGACACGGACGAGUGCUCGGCCACAGAGGACGGUGGCGGACUUGAAAAGAAAGACUCGUCUAAGACUGACCCAGAAACAGAGGACCCGUUCAAGAAACCGGCUCUUUUCGCAGCUCCUUCUCUCGCCAGCAAACGCGGCAACGUCGCUGCUCCGUCCAAACCAACAGCACCCGAAACAAAAAGUGUGAAAGAAGAUAACAGAGCUGAAGCUGUAGACAGGGACACUUCCUCGGGUCCAGCUAGUGAAAAAGAAACCUCGGGAAAACGUCACGAAGAGGACAAAAAAGGCCAAAAAGACAAGGAUGUGUCUGCUGUCAAAACCAAACCAGAUGCUAAACCCAGGGUGCUUCCUGCGAAGGGGCCACCAGCUGGCAAAUUCCCCCCUCUACCAUACACAGAGCCACCGUGGGGUGGCAUAGCUCCAGAUACUCCUUAUGCUUUUGAAAUCCUCAAAAACGGCGCCAUAGUGGACAGGGUGCCCCUCACUCACAGGAGUUUCUUCGUGGUCGGGCGUUUACCUGUGUGCGACGUGUCUCUGGAGCACCCCUCCAUCUCCAGGUACCAUGCGGUGAUCCAGUUCCGCGGACAGGCCGGAGAGGGGGAGUCUGUCGGCGAAGAGAGAGGCUUUUACGUCCACGAUCUGGGCAGCACACACGGCACCGUGGUGAACAAGAACAAGAUCCCCCCGAAGACCUACAUCAGACUCCGCGUGGGGCACGUGUUAAAGUUUGGUGGGAGCACGAGGCUUUUUAUCCUGCAGGGUCCCGAGUUUGAUGAGGAAGAGGAGUCUGAACUAACAGUGACAGAGCUGAGGGAGCGUGCCCGGAAACAGAAAGCAGAGCUGGAGAGGAGGAUGAUGGGAGAUGGUUCUGAUGAUGAUGAUGAUGAUGGGGAGGAAGAGGAAAAGGAAGAAGGCGGGGAAGGCGAAAGCAACAAGAGCCAGAGCAAACAGUCAAACGAAGAUUCGGGCUGUUCCUGGGGAAUGGCAGAGGACGUUGUUCCAGAGGAAGACGAGAACGAGGAAAACCCUUUCUCAACAGAGUUCCAUGAGGACCAGGAGGCUGCAUACCUGAAAGACCCCAAGAAGGCUUUGCAGGGCUUUUAUGACAGGGAGGGGGAGGAGCUGGAGUUUGAGUAUGAAGACAAAAGUCAUGGUACUUGGCUGUGCAGAAUAAGGCUGCCCGUGGACGACGCCAUGGGCCGGCAGCUGGUUGCUGAGGUGACCCACACGGGGAAGAAGAAAGAAGCAGCCAUCCAGUGCUGCCUGGAGGCUUGUCGAAUGCUGGAAGCCAGAGGGCUGCUGCGCCAGGAAGCAGUGUCCCGUAAACGCAAGAAGAAGAACUGGGAAGAUGAGGACUACUACGACAGCGACGACGACACCUUUCUGGAUCGAACCGGCACCGUGGAGAGGAAGAGACAAGAGCGAAUGAAAAAAGCUGGAAAGGUUGACGAGCAGCCUGAGACCUAUGAAUCACUGGUGGCCAAACUGUCAGAGGUGGAGAAGGAGCUGGAAGACACACAGAAAAAGCUCAGCGCAGGCAGAGGAGGCUCCUCUGGCUCCUCCACGGAGGACCCGCUGGAUGCCUUUAUGACUGCAGUGAGAAGCGAGGCAGCGAUGGACGCCGUGGAGCGCAGGAAGCUUCACGUUCACGUAGCAGACCUGCGCAAAGACGCCCAGCGACUCCGCAAACUGGUCGAACUCACAAGGCCUGCACAGAUGCCGUCACUGCUGCCGAGUGGCAGCUCCGGGUCAGAGAAGCCUAAGAAGACCUUACCGCUGUUUGGAGCCAUGAAGGGAGGAAGCAAAUUCAAACUGAAGACUGGCACCAUCGGGAAGUUGCCCCCUAAGAGGCCCAACCUGCCUGCGGAGCUCUUUAACAUGAAAGAACUUCCUCCUGGUGGAGAAGAGGAGGAAGAGGAAGAAGAGAAGGAGGAGGAGAAGGCAGCAGCACCAGCAGCAGCAGAGAAAAAUGAAGAUAAUGAUGAUAAACAGUGCACAAGUAUUGCAGAGUCUAAUGUUGACUCUGAAGAGUCCAGUGCAUCCAUCUGUGCUCCCUCUGAGCAGCGGAGACAGCAACCAGAACAGUCCCCUGAGCCGAAAGAGCAAAGCCGCAAACAGAGGAGAGGUGGGGUGUGUGCUGAGGCAGUAGAGCAGGUACCUGAGCACAGCAGCAACAAGGUCUCGGCACCGAGUCCACAGUCCAAAGCAGAAGGUGACAGAGAGCCAGCAGCUGACCCCAGUCCCAAAAAGAAAAAGAAAGUGAUGGGCCCCAGCAGGCCACCGGUGCAGCUCUCGGGACAGUAUCCAGAAGAUGACCCUGAUUAUUCUGUGUGGGUGCCUCCCGCAGGUCAGACUGGAGAUGGCCGCACACACCUGAACGACAAGUACGGCUACUGAGGGAAAACACUAAGAGAGCUCUUCAGUCUCCACUCCAAAGGCUUUUACGCUGCAGAUAAUACCUGCAACACAAAGCGUCCAGUCUCCCCAGCUCUGACCAUUAACCCCCUCCACCCAUCGCAGCCCCUGUGUGUGUGUGUGUGUGUGAGCCUGGAGCAGACCAGGGGACUUGCAGAGAUAAUGCUGCUGCAGCUUUUUAUUCAUCUCUUGAGGAUAUUUGCAUUCGUGAACUGUGACAAACAAAAAAGCACACCAUUCCAAUUCACAUGAAAACUGCCGAGCUAGGGGGGGGCUGCGCCUCACCCCCCCCCCGGUCCCAGAGCAGACACUGGGCAGUCAGCCUGCUGGCUACUCUCCACUGUGACAGUGAUCGAGAUGGGUGGCACCUGAGUUUUGUGCCUUUAUUUGAGUUCUAUACAAUCAAGCGGGGAAAUGGAAAGGGACAGAGAAGGACCAGUGACUGAUCUGAAUUCAGCCUUUUGGUCUUUGGCUGCUCCUCUUGCACUUAAAUCCACCUGACAUUCAAUCUGUGUCCCUCCUGUUUGGCUUCAGUCGAUCACUGGCAUAACCUUUUUUUUUUUUUUCCAAAGGAGAGUGCGUAGCAGGGAGGGAGAAAGAGGGAGAGCAUUGAAGCAGCUUUUCUGACCAUCUGGACACUUGGAUGGCUUACUGGAUGAAACGCAAGCUGAUAAUGACUCAAGCUAAGUGGAGUGUGUGCCUGUGUCUACACACACACACACAGCACAACCUUCUCAAACUUCUCUUUUUAACGUGAUUGUCUUUAUGAGCGAGUCAGCUAUUGCUGUGUUUGCCUAGAGCAGGAUUCCUCACUCUGUGAAAUCCCACUCAGAGCUGUUCUCUUGGUUUACUGCCACACUUUCCACCCUCUUUCCUGUUGUUUCUUUUCAAAACAAAACAAAAAAAAAAUAAAGAAAUGUAUUUUGUUAUAUAAAUGUAUAAUAAAAUUGUCUGU